AUGUCCAACCACAAGACUCGACCCGCUCGCUCAAACAGCUUGCAGCGCAUGCUCGAGCUCGAGCGACGCUACAUGCUUGAGCGUCUUCAGACCUCGCAACCAAAUGCGCUGUCCAUCAAUUCAGCUUCCAUAGCUGCCGUUGUCUCCAGACCACCACCUUCGGCAUCGAAUCGCCCUGCAGUUCAGGUUCACCGUAUUGAGGCGGCUCCUCAAAAAGAUGCUCCAAUGGGCGCCAACAUCGCCAAAGAGAGAUCGCCGGUUGCUCAAAUAGUUCCACUGACCAUCAACGUCAGUUCUCCCAAACUCAAAUUGGAUUUUGCGCCCGAGAUAGACAACAACGCGCAAAGAGCCGCUGUGGUAGUGCAUAACCACUCUCCACCUGUGGACAAGCCCGCCCUCAAAGCUGUUUCUUUCGAUGUUCCGUUAAGCGAUGAAGAUGAACGGAGGUCCAUUUGCCAGUCACCAAGCUGGGAAGCAUAUGGUCGUCGCAAGAAGAGUGAUAAAAAGGAUAACAAGAAAGAGCUGAAGAAGGAACAACUGAAGAAGGAAGAGGAGAGAAAGGAGCAAGAGCGCAAAGAACAGCUGAAAAAGGAGCAGCUGAAAAAAGAGCAGCUCAAGAAAGAGCAGCUUAAAAAGGAACAGGCGGAGAAAGAACAGCGAAAAAAAGAGCAGCAGAAAAAGGAGCAGGAGAAGGCAUCGAAGCGGGAAAAGGAGGAAUCCGCGCUCAGGAAUGCUUUAAUUAAGAAGAAGCGCUUGAGCAAGCAACCUCCCCCUUCUUCGUCGUAUGCCUUGGAGCAGGCGAAUCGCUCAUCAGCGGCACAGGCAGCUGCCAGAGAUAAGCAGAGACCUUCGAGUGCGCUAGAGUUUACCAAAGAUGACGCGCCAGUCCGCCCUCAUCACAGGCGAUCCGGCUCUUUCACCUCGUAUAUCAUGUCGCCGUUCGAGUCUCGCCGGGCUUCCGCUGACACUGCUCGCGCUGACACUGCUCGCCCCAACGAGACGGGCUUCAUCGGUGGCAUCAAGUUGGAGAUUCAACGACAUGCGGCCAGCCAAAAGACCGCUGAGCCACCUGAGAACAUGGACGAGUCUCAAAUCCAUCCGGCACUGCGAACCAAUAACGCUCACAAUCAGAAGUGGUCUGCACCUCCAGCGCGGCCAGUCCCCGAGUCCCAGCGCCGAGUUUAUCCUCCCAUCACUCGACACCCGGCUGCAGCGGCCAAGACAAGAUCUCUUAUUUCGUCUGCAGAGAUGGAGGCUCAGGAGACCGGGACAAUGGAGAGCAAAUGGAGAGCCUUUGUGGGUCUGAAAUCAAAGGACUCGGCUGAACCAUCAAAGACGACUGCCCAGCAAGACAAGUCAAAGAAGCCUGUAAUAACUAACGAGGCAACCAAAUCCGCAUCCGCAUUGCCACCACCCCAAACCAGUGCAAACGCAGGAUUAAAUGCCGAUACACGUCCUCAAACGGCCGGUCAAAACGCCCUUCAACCAGCCUCACCUACCGGCAACGAGAACCAAAAUACAAAGCCCAAACUCAGCGUAUCUACAAGCGAUCUCCUUCCAAGCGGCGCUGUUACUGUGCAGCAGCCAGCGAAAGAGAAGCUAAGCCAAACCAAUCUUGCUCGGAUUUCACGCGAAGGCAACGGGGCUGUCAAGAGUGGCAAUGCUCAAGAUGCAACCCUCGCGACGACAUCUUUGCCUCCUGCACCGCCCCGUCGAAGCUCAAAGCGGAACUCCAUGGUGAGUUUAGAUGGCUCAGUGUCAUCCGUGUCAUCUCCACGCACGCCAAGACCUGGUAGCUCUGAGUCUGCCAACAGCAAUCAUGGUCUGCCUGGCAGGCCCAAGCAGGUCGCAAACAAUGCGUCUGGAAACACUGAGCUGAAGAGCGGCGGGGCAUCUCUCCAAACUACUCCACGAGAGGCUGGUCGCAUCGCCAAGGGUCAAAAGCCAGACCCGAUAGAGAUUCCGACGUGGGAGGAUAUUCAAUCCUCCGUCAUGAAGGUCAUCGACACCAAGGUAUCGCUAUCUCCAAUCCGUAAAUCUCACGGAUCCCUUCGGGAUGAUAGUGAUUUUACUGUUCGCCGUCUUACGGACGACUCAGUUCCAACGACAUCGACUGAUGAUGAUUCGUCUGACGAUUUCCAUUCGCCAUCAAUGCCUGGUACGCCUGACACCUCCCGACCUCAAUCUGAAAAGGGUCUCCCCCCCAUGACGCAAGAUGUUGAGAGUAAACGAGUAGCGACACCUCGCGCCAGGAACGGUUCCACGAGUCCGGUCAGACAGCCGCUUCUCCUCCAGAUUGGGGGUGGUGGCUUCUCAAGCCCACCCAAGAACACACGGCCCGUGGGAAAUACCAGCACAUCGAGUGUCGUCAUUUCCACCAAAACCAUUGCCGCGGCUACAGGACAGACUGCUCACCGCCGGUCUCAGUCGGACGUGGAUGCGAUAACUGGAACUGAUUUUCUGCCGAAAUUGAAGCACCAGCCCCUGAAGGCCGUGGAACAUGUGUCAGUGCCAAGGCAACACUUCCCUUCGACUGCGCUGCUCUCUGGAGAGGAAAAGGUAAAUGGCAAACUUCAACUAGUUGCUUCCCCGUGGCCUGCUUCCUAUCUGGAGGAAGCUCGCAAAGCUGCUCCCCUCGCUCCGCCUCCUCAGGUGCUAGGAUCGCCACGUCUUGGUCCCAAGGUCACGCCGCCAUCUUCGAUCCGGAGCCAGCCAUCCCCCACUACUGACCUUGCGCCGACCAAGGCGCCGCGACACACAACUGGCUCACCCGUCGGCGGCGAGCCGAUUGCCAAAAUGUUUGUGGAGUGUUGUGGAUGCAAAUAUUACCACGACAUGCCCAGCAACAUCUAUGAAGCCAUGGCCAACCCAGAGGCUGUUAUUCGACCAAGGGGAAACGUCGGAUUCACUGGCGCAUUAUCCAUGACGGUGAAGUGCCCGUGGUGCUUCCACGAGAUGAGCACCAAGUGCUGCGCUGGCUAUGCCGCCAUGGUAUAUGUGAAGGAGAGGCUGCAUUAG